AAGUAAAAUGGUACUUCCGGUUCCGACUUGCACCGACUCCAUGUGGUAGCGACCUUGGCUAUCGCUAUUGCGAAUAUUGUGUAACGCUCUUUAUAUUUCAUAUACAAGAUGUCAGGAUUUUUCUCAAAGCUAGGAGCACUUGGUGUUGCUGUUGCGGGCAUUGGCAGUGUUGUAAACCUCGCACUUUACAACGUUGAUGGAGGACACAGGGCUGUGCUUUUUGACAGAUUUAGGGGAGUUCAGGAAAAAGUUGCAGGAGAGGGAACCCAUUUUCUAAUCCCCUGGGUACAGAGACCUAUAAUAUUUGAUUGUAGGUCACGUCCCAGAAAUGUUUCUGUGAUUACUGGUAGCAAAGAUUUACAGAAUGUAAACAUCACACUACGUAUUUUGUUCAGACCUGUUGUGAAUGAGCUGCCAAAAAUGUACACAAAUCUUGGUCUAGAUUAUGAUGACAGAGUUCUCCCCUCCAUUACAAAUGAAGUGUUAAAAGCAGUUGUGGCACAAUUUGAUGCAAGUGAAAUGAUCACACAGAGAGAAAUUGUUUCUCAGAAGGUCAGUGAAGAACUGAUUACUCGCGCCUCACAGUUUGGAAUCAUCCUGGAUGAUAUUUCAUUAACACAUUUAACAUUUGGAAAAGAAUUCACACAAGCCGUAGAAAUGAAGCAGGUCGCACAGCAAGAUGCAGAGAGGGCCAGAUACAAUGUAGAAAAGGCCGAAAUGGUGAAGCGAGCUGCUGUCAUUUCUGCAGAAGGUGAUGCUGAAGGUGCUAAAUUGCUAGCGGAGGCUUUCAAAAAUUAUGGAGAUGGUAUCGUAGAACUUCGUAAGAUGGAAGCAGCUGAAGAAAUUGCUAGCGACUUAUCAAAAUCACGAAAUGUGACUUAUUUACCAACAGGACAGCAGACUUUGUUAGCACUGCCUCAGUAAACUUAUGAUUAAGACAUUUAUGUGGAUUGUAUGAUUGUGAUAAAAGUACACAUGUAUAUGUAAUUAUGCAUUGUGUCCAUAUAUCUGGCCAAGAGUGUAUGGAUAUAAUUGACACAUGAGUUAAUUAACAUUCAGAAAAAUGUUGGCACAUUAUAUUUCAGGCAUUUACUGUGGUAUCAACUUUAGUAUAUGCCUUUAAAGGAAUGUAUGAUGAACAUAUUAUGAACAACGUUUUUGUGACAAUAAAAAUAAAUGUAAAUUUUAA